AUUGGCUAGGACGCUUCUCUUUUUCUUACUCCGGGGGAGGGUGCCGCCGACAAAACGUCCUGCACGGCGUGCGAGCGCUUCACAGACUGGUCUCCCGGCACUGCAAUUUCAACAUGUCGGAGCAGCUAGAGCCCAGUGGCCUCAGCGAUGAAGCCGCCUACAACGCCUGCUCCAACCCCGAUCCCAACACCAAGGAUUUUUUGUUGCAGCAGACUAUGUUAAGAAUAAAAGAUCCAAAGAAGUCAUUGGAUUUUUAUACAAGAAUUCUUGGAAUGACAUUGCUCCAAAAAUGUGACUUUCCCACUAUGAAAUUUUCACUUUAUUUCUUGGCUUAUGAAGACAAAAAUGAUAUCCCAACAGAUAAAAAAGAAAGAACAGCUUGGACUUUCUCUAGAAAGGCUACACUUGAACUAACACAUAACUGGGGCACUGAAAAUGAUGAUAAUCAGUCUUACCACAAUGGCAAUUCAGACCCUCGCGGAUUUGGUCACAUUGGAAUUGCAGUCCCUGAUGUAUCUGCAGCUUGUAAGAGGUUUGAAGAGUUGGGAGUGAAAUUUGUGAAGAGACCAGAUGAUGGUAAAAUGAAGGGACUUGCAUUUAUUCAGGAUCCUGAUGGCUACUGGAUUGAAAUUUUGAAUCCUAACCACAUGGUGACCCUCAUCUAGGUUUACAGUAACUAACGAUACAACAGGAAAAUUCUCCAGGAGGCUGAAAACCAGUAGCAUACUCUAAUAUUCAUGAGACACAUACUUAAUUGUGAGGAAUUAACCUUUUCCACAAGUAGUUCUUUAGCAAUUCUUUUAGCACCUGAUCUUGUUUGGAUAAACCUUUGCAUUCUUUAGCUUUCUUUUCUAUGAUGCCACUUCUUCCUGUUUCUAAUUAGGAGAGCACAAGACCAUCUGUGUUCUGAAAGUGCACUCAUGCAGAUUCAUCAUUUAUGCAAACAUUAGUUUAUUCAUCCAUUCAGGACUGAUUUGCGUUAUUUAAAUGUUGGCUGAGCAUUAUAACAAUACUUUAACCAGCCUGAGACCUGGUAUGAUGGGGUGGAAUAUGUGAGUAGGAAGAUAGCUGUAUCUUAGGUCUACUACAGGAUAUUUUGUUUCUGUUAAAUGUGGGGCGGGGAUAAAACAUGUAUAACUAGUUUUUUGGGCCACAUCUUGUUCUCAUUAAAGUCAAUGGCAAAAUUGCAAUUGAAGUCUAAUGGAAGCAGGAUUGGGACUGUGUGUGUAGUUAUGUCACUAAACAGUAGACUUUCAGGAGCAGCUUAGAGGCAUUCAAACUGCUUUGAGACUAGAAACUUAAUGGCAGUGCCACAUUGCAGGUUGAAUUCUGUUGGACUCAUUGCAUUUGAGUACCUAUGGCAGUUAGGCAGAGGAGGUCAGCAGACUUCUCACUUGCUUUCAAAAGUGAGACUCUAAGAGCUGAACACCUAUCCUAAAAAUCAAGGUGUUGAACAGCAACUAGCUUACAACUAAAGAGUAGCUGAAAAUGCCAUGAUUCCCUAUUGACUGGCUGAGAGCUGGCAGACACAUCCCUUGUGUGUGAUGUCUAAGCUUCUGCAAAAUAUAGUGCAUUUGAAAUGUUUUAUAUAUCAAAUUUCAGCUUGAUAUAAAAGUCUGGUUAAUCAAAUUCCCAAUAGUUUGUGAAACAGUAACUAUCUACAGUUACGACACAGCUGUCUUUCUUUAAAAUAUAAAAACUAGUGGUUGCAGUUAUAUUGAAGUUGUAAAUAACAGGAGAACAUGUCACAUUUACAAAUCCUGCAUGUGAGCUAGUUUCAUGGUUAAAGUUUCAUUAACACUGAAAUACUUUCCCUCACCUUUCAAAUCAACAAAACCAUCUUGGUAUUUAGUGCAUUUCUAGAAGCACCUUAUAAUUACAGUUGGCACUGAACAGCCCUCAAUAUUGUGACUACUAAAUUGGAUAGCCCUGUGGCGUCAAAUAAAAGUAUUUAUUUCUAAAUAAAGUGUCUGCAAAACUUUCAAAAUCCUUCUCUAACGCUGUAUGCCAUAUAGUAUUUCACUACCUACUAAGGACAUGUGUAUACUACAAAAUGUACUCCAGUUAUGUUGUCAAUCAUCCAUCACUGCUGUAACUAAACCAUUUUUGCACAUCCACACAAUGCUGCUUGUUCUGGUGGAACACAUCUACAGUUGUACUCUUACAUUGAAAGAGAGCAGUGUGCUGUGGGUACCUAUCCCAGUAUGCAUUAGCUGUCCCUGUGUUUUGAGAAGGGUUUACAGUAUCCUCUGAAGACACGUACACCAUCCCAUGAUGCUGUUUUCUGUCUCAUCAUUCUGUGGUCUUCUAAGUAAAUUUUGGAAACUGUACAUCUCAAAGCAUAGAGCCUGCCCUGCUUUCCAGUAUUAUGAUGAGCAUUAUGAACACACUGCAAGAUCAGCUGCAUUAUUCAAUGAGCUGCUAAUCAGAUAAUGGCUCUGUGGUAUCAGCCCUACUAUGUGUCAUGGAGAGAAACCAUUCAAGAUUGCUUUUUGGAACUCAUGGAGCAGCUGCAAAUGGUGGAUUAUCAGUUAUGGUAUGAGAAGCACUGAGUGGUGAAAUCACAUCAUUAUGCAGACUGGGAUGAUGAGCAGUGACUGUCGAACUUUUGGAUCUGCAGAGACACCUUCUUGGAACUGUGUAGGGAGCUGCCCCUUGCUCUCUAGCACAAGGAUACCAAAAUGAGAGCUGGCCUAACUGGAGCAAUGAAUAGUGAUUGCUGUGUAGAAGGUGGUAAUUCUAGACUACUACCCAUAACUGGCAAAUCAGUUUGGAGUUGGGAGGUCCACUCUGGGGCUUCUAAGUAUGCAAGGUCAUUAAUCACCUCCUGCUAUGAAGCACUAGGACUCAGGGUAAUGUGUGGGAAGUAGUGAAUGACUCUGCUGUUUAGCCAUGGUGAUAUUUUUUUGUUCCUCUUAACCCCAAAUAAUAAUAAUAAUAAAAAGUAUACAUUGUUUGA